GUUAAUGAUGCAAUGCUUGAAUUUGAACUCAAGUGUUCAUCAUACAACUGCUGUUCGGCAUGGCAAAAGUACCACGUGUUUGACACGGCACAGAAAAAUUACCACUUGUUUAAAAUGACAUAAUACGAGCACGACGUUAUUAAAAUGACAAUUAAAGAUUAGUAGCUCAAACUUGCUUUCGCUGUUGUUCACUCCUAUACGACAGUCAAAUAGCUUGCUUUUUCAACUGGUUGUAUGAUUCUGAUUAUGCUAUAAAUCUACAAGCUAAUGCGUUUUUAACUGCACAGGAAGCAGGUGUUAAAACAUUUCAUGUCUAGUAUUUUAUUGGCUGAGAAUAUAGGAGUUGUUUGAAUGUAAAUGACGCUACAAGUUUUAACUCGAAAAAAAACAAUAGUGCCAGUCGAGACAACCUGUGGAUUGUCGAGCGUCCCAGCCUAAUGUCUUUUUCAGUGGAUGAAGAAGAGUGGACAAUCGUGGAUAAUGAAAACUUUGUGGAUGUUAGAGAGCAAUUCAAUGCUAACAAAAAGAAAAAUGAUGCUUUAAUAAAUGGACGCCUAAUCAAGUCAACGGUUAUUUCCACGUUGCAACAGUCGUUGAAAGACAACAAGUCUAAUCGACCCGAUGUGUCUGACAGUCCAUUAGUACGAUCUGACAGAGAAAGAGCUGUAGGAUGUUGUCUUACUCGGGAUGAGUCUAGGAUUAUUAAGAUAAAUCAUGAGGAACUCCUUAAACUUGAAUCACAUUCGGAUGCGUCAUCCACCUGCAGUUUCCAUGUAAUUAACCAUGACACGGAUGAAAUUAUGGCUGAAAGCGACCCAGAUAUGGCAAAAGAUAAAAAGACUGAUAGCGAAAAAAAACUCAUACAUACUAAACUCUCUGGACAAGAAUAUUCAUUUGAGCUAUCAACGGGCGUAGCGCUGUUUUGUUUUGCUCUUGUUCUUGGAUUUGUUUUAGGACAGGGUGUGGCCAUCAUGAGGACAAACCUCAAGGCUAAACUACCUGAGCUGAAUGUUUCUAGUGAAUUUUCACGAAAUGCGUUUGUGUCUUCGUUGCAAAAAGAAGUUGUCCUACUGGAAGAGAAAAUUGAGCAAUGGAAAUUUAUGAAAAGAGUUAAAAAUAAUCGCUCACAUAACAUUUUCCUAAAAAACUUGCAACCAGGCAUUCGGGAAGCUUACUGGCACCUGUCGCUGGAAAAUUAUAAAUUAAAAAAAGCAUUCGCUGAUAUUCGAAAAGAGCUUAAACGCAUGAAAGUCUUGUCAUGGCAUCGCAGAGCACAAGUGGAAAGGUUAAAAGAAAAGAAAAUGAACGUGACCUAUGCUGGUGAUACACUUAGGAAAGAACAACAAUAUUUGGAGAAGGUAUAUCUGAGAGACAAGAGACUAGCAGACUCACGAUUUGAUAAAUCGUUGAACGAAGUAGAUUAUUCCAAUUUUGAACCCUGGAAAUACUUCAAAAAACGCUGGAGAAUAGAUGACGAUAAAAGAGCGCGCAAUAAUGAAUGUGCAACUCCUGACCAGGAAAUUAGUUCUGCCUCUAAAUGUUUAAAAAGCCAUGAUGCAAAAUUUCUUUAUUCUAAUGCAUUAAACAUGUUUAAAGAUGAUUCAGAUACGCCAAAGAUGCACGGAAAACUAAUGAACGAUGAUUCACCGCAUCAACGAGUUAAAGAUAAGAAAAUUAAAAUGUUUCAGCGACAUAAAUUGGCUUCUGCCAGCGAUGUAAUAAUUGACAUUCAAGAAGAUAGUGGUAAUGAUGAAAAGGAAGUACAAAUUUCACAUGUUGAGGAAUAUAGUGAUGCUGACACGGCUCAACAUCAUGAAAACCAGACAGACGAUGGUAUAGUAGAUGGGAAAAGUGCGGAAACAAAUGUCAAAGAAGAGGAUUUGUUUGAAGAAGAUAAUAAGCAUAGUAUACAAGAUAGUAACGAUAAAGACUGUCGUGUGGCCGACAAUUUCAAUGGAAGUGAUUGCUAUAAUCGUGCCAAAUCAAAUCAGGUUUCUAGAUGUGAAAAGAUGACAGCAAUAAAGCAGAAAACCGUCAAUGUUUUGUCAAGCAUUGAAACAGUCAAUGUUAAUCAAGGUAAUUGCGACAAAAGAGAUUUCUUGUGUGGUAAUCACGUGACAGUCUUCGUAAAACAUCGUGAUCAGAAGAAAAAUGUGAAGUGUUUAUUGCCAUUAGAAACUGAAAGUCAUAGUGAAUUGAUGAUGGGAAAAGAAUUACAAAAAAGCCCUAGAAGCAGUGAUGGCAAUAGGAAUGCUCAACAUGUAAGUUCGGCAAAGCAGUCACGUGUAUCAUCUUUAAGUUUAAAUUACGUUGAUCAUAUUGUGAAGAAAAAUCAACCACAUGAGCUGCUAAAAAUAUUACCAUCUCAAGAAAUUGAUGCCAUGCCUAAUUCCAUUUAUCAGAGACAGGAAACAAGAAGGAUCCAUGAUGCAAAUUUUGCAGGUAUAACUAACAAACAAAACUGUCAUAUAAUGAAAAUCUUCAACCCUUUCAAAGAACUUCUAAAGACUGUCCAAUUAAAAUCUGAAUCUGGCCAAACCCCAAAUCAAAUUCCAUUUGAUGAAGCUACCAAAUGCAAUAAAGAUGCAAGUCUUGCUACAUUAAAUAUGAAGCAAAUGGAUUCAUUCGCCAAAUCAAAUCAAGAGAAAAAACCCACAAUCACACAAACAAUAAAGAAACCAAGAAAUUUAGCUUUCACUGACUACAUUCAUGGUGUUAAUUUUCUUUGCAAAUAUCAACCAGAUAACACCCUGGGUAAAUUGUUAACAUUGCACAAUCGGCCACUUUUUUCUGGAAGAAAACUCAAGAAAAUGCAAAAAAUACAGACUCUAAUGCUAAAGAUGGACAGAAAAAAUGUAAAUAUUUAAACAUGUUGAAAUGACAUAAGGUGGGGUAUUCUAUGAACCAUAAGUAACACAAUGUUAGGGAAGAUGCUAUAUUAUAAUUUAUAUGUGCAAAAUGCAGAUAGAAUAUUUUUCUUGAAUUUUUUUGUCUUAUUAAACUCCAAUCAUUAUUUCUUUUGCAUAGUGACAAAAGUUCAAUUGAAGAAUAUAAUUGUAUAUUUACAUAGUUAUGUAUUAUAUGCUUAUAUCUUUGGGAAAAA